CUUGAGAAAUGAAGUGGGAGUCACAGCCAGGACAAUUUGUUCUCUACUUUAUUUACAGGAGCCAAGCAAUAAGCGGGUCCGGCCGUUAUCGCGGGUCACAUCCCUGGCAAACUUGAUCUCUCCUGUAAGAAAUGGGGCGGUUCGGCGCUUCGGGCAGACAAUACAGUCAUUUGCCCUUCGCAGUGACAGCAAGUCUCCUGGCUGUGCCCAGAAGUCAUGUAGCAGAUCUGCUGCUCCUACUCCUCCUAAAAGAAGAAACAGCGUGCUUUGGUCUGAGAUGUUGGAUGUCAACAUGAAAGAGUCCCUGAGCACCAAAGAAAUUAAGCGCCAGGAGGCAAUAUACGAAAUGUCCAGGGGAGAGCAGGACCUCAUCGAAGACCUGAAGCUUGCCAGAAAGGCCUACCAUGAUCCCAUGCUGAAACUCUCCAUCAUGUCUGAGGAGGAGCUCACCCACAUAUUUGGGGACUUGGAUUCUUAUAUCCCUCUGCAUGAAGACUUGCUGGCAAGUUUAGGAGAAGCAACAAAACCAGAUGGAACAGUGGAGCAGAUUGGGCCCAUUCUUGUGAAGUGGUUACCGCGACUCCACGCCUACAAGGGUUACUGUAGCAACCAGCUGGCGGCCAAAGCCCUUCUGGAUCAGAAGAAGCAGGACCGGAGGGUGCAGGACUUCCUUCAGCGCUGCCUGGAGUCUCCUUUCAGCCGCAAGCUCGACCUGUGGAGCUUCUUGGACAUUCCUCGAAGCCGGCUGGUCAAAUACCCGCUGCUCCUGAAGGAGAUCCUGAGGCACACUCCCAAAGACCAUCCCGAUACCCAGAUUCUGGAAGAAGCCAUAUCUAUAAUCCAAGGAGUCCUCUCUGACAUCAACCUGAAGAAGGGGGAGUCGGAGUGCCAGUAUUACAUUGACAAGCUGGAGUACCUGGAUGAGAAGCAGAAGGAUCCGAGGAUUGAAGGCAGCAAAGCUUUACUGUGCCAUGGGGAGCUGAAGAAUAAAAAUGGACAUAAACUCUACGUCUUCCUCUUCCAAGACAUCCUGGUUUUGACCCGGCCGGUCACUCGCAACGAGCGUCAGGCCUACCAAGUGUACAGGCAGCCCAUCCCUGUCCAGGAGCUGCUCCUUGAAGACCUGCAGGAUGGCGAUGUGAAAAUGGGAGGAUCCUUCCGAGGGGCGUUUGGCAAUUCCGAUAAAGCUAAAAACAUCUUCCGAGUUCGUUUCCAAGAUCCCUCCCCGGGCCAGUCCCACACGCUGCAGGCCAACGACGUCUUCCACAAGCAGCAGUGGGUGAACUGCAUCCGAACCGCCGUCGCUCCCUUCCAGCGGACUCCUGCCGCCGCGGAGCUGAAGGAGCUGCCGGAGCUGAGCGAAGAGGCGGAGGAGAACAACCCCUCCGCGCCCAACACCAGAGCCCAGAAGAGGCAGUCUGGCCUCGCCGAGAUGGAGCUCGACGAAAGCACGGCCGAGUGCGGCUCCAUCCUGGACUCGGAGGAAGGCAAAGGCCUGAAAACCCACAGAACGUCGUCUGGGCACAGGAAAACGAGGGAGAAGCAGCUCAGCGGCAAGCGGAAAGAAACUCUGGUGUAACGAGGAGCCCAGCAACGUCCUGGCGGAAGAUUGUUUAUUUAUAAAUAACGUGUACAUUUUUCUUGAGCAUGGUUGGAGUCACUCUACUGAACAGGAUAUUUUUGGGGGUUGUUUUAUGUUGUAAUGGCAGCUACUGGUAUGCAGUUACCACUGUUGAACUGGAGUCUGGUUUUACAAACGUGGCCACUCUGAACCCGGUUUUAAAGCUGCGGGUGAUUCGGAAGCCCUCGUGCUUUUGACUCCCCAAAUUUGAAGAGCUUUGGUUUCGGAAAGGUUUCCACGCGCCGUGUUUGAGGCUGGGAAACGGGCUCAAGCGGAGGUUUGGGCCGUCACCGCCAGCCUGGCAGCGCCUCCCUUGGCGGAGGGGGUUGCCUCAGCGCUGCGAGAGACCGUUGAAAGUCGCCUCGAACCCUGAAAUCCCGUUUCCUUCUUGUCUUGCACAGCGGCCGAUGGUUAUCAUCAUCCAUC